CGCAAGUCGUGUUUGUGGACAGUUUAUAGUUAUGUAUCACUUGUAUACUCUCAAUUAAUAGGCAUAUACCCUUUGGCAAAUGUUGUUAUUAUAUACAAACGAUGUGUACAAAUAGUAACCCGCAUAGGGACUAUAAUUGGGUCAUCUACCAGUUAUUGGGAGUAAAUAUAUUAGAAUUCGCGUAAACAAGCUGUAUUUGCUAUCAAUUUGAAGUGCGUAAACAUUUGCUCGUUAUUGGUGACAGAAAAUUUAUUCUGCGCAAUAGUUUAAAAUAAUAAUAUUUGGAAAAGGGAAGCCCGAAAACUUUCGUGUUUUAUUCUAAUGACAAAUAAUUGAAAAAGAUAGAUUCCUAUAAUGGAACAAAUAGGCGUUUUACGCAACCGUCACCAGUCAGCAAGACAGCACAAUGGAACCGUAUCCGGAGGCGUAAUUAAAAAAGAACCAGAAUUUAUACAGCGUGAAUCUAUUUUGACGGUUCUUACAGAACACUCCUUGCAUAUUCGAGCCAUUUACCAUAUUUUUGUUGCCAUUCUAGUUGUACUUCUCUGUGACACAGUUACAUACGAUCUCGUCGAACGUGGAAAAAUAAAUAUCGGCAUUGCAUCAGUUGUUCAUGGAUUUGGAGACAUCCGGCGCGCUAUAAAGAUUUGGUUGUUCGAGUUCUCUCUAGCGCUUUUAUUUUACCCUGGACUAAGGAUAUACGCUGCUACAAGAAAACUUAUCAAAAAUAAUCCAGCGGCAUGUCAAAUAUGGUCCCUAAUUGGUUUGGGAUGUCUAAUCGCUUUGGAGACAACUUUAAUUGCCGUAACGUGUUGGGAUUUAGGAAGCAAACAUCUGGCUGUAGGGUCAUCCGUCACAGUUUCUUGCGAGAUGUUUAGAUUUGUGAUGAAGAUAUGGUCUAUAGCAGUGGCCUGUAUUCCACGAUGCCAUGACGACCCAACACCGUUGCCUACAUUCAAGCACUAUGUAUAUUAUAUAUUUGCACCAACGCUUCUAUACAGAGAUUCGUAUCCCAGGACAAAGCGGAUUAGAUGGGAUGUGGUAUUAUUUCACUUCUCUGAGGUCGCUGCUAUAAUAUUUUACAACAGCUUUCUAUGGGAGCGCUUUAUUUUGCCUUACUGGUCCGAUUAUGGUAAAUCCCCAACAAUCGAAGCAGGAACUGUUGUCCGUGGAAUGUUUGCUUGUGUUCUGCCUGGAUUAAUAUCGUUCCUGUGUGGUUUUUAUUGCCUUUUACACGCUUGGCUCAAUGCUUUCGCCGAGAUGCUGACAUUUGGAGACCGUCUCUUUUAUGAGGAUUGGUGGACAAAAUCAAGAUUUUCCAAUUAUUAUCGCGCCUGGAACCGCGUAGUGCACUCCUGGCUGCGUGAUUAUAUUUACAUACCUUUGGCUCCGCGUACUGGACGUGUCUUUGCUUAUUUUGCCGUGUUUUUCGUAUCUUCCGUGGCGCAUGAAAUCGUACUAGCGCUGUCGUUUGGUUUCUUUUAUCCUGUUCUCUUUAUACAAUUUGGUGUGAUGGGGUUGCUGUUGUUACCGCUCACCUCAACAUCCGGUCGGCGCUUCCCUAACAUGUUCAAUUUCCUUAUGUGGCUGUCAUUUUUAAUAGGAACAGGAAUACUCUGGAGUCUCUACGCAAUGGAAUACUUUGCCCGAAAGAAUUGUCCUCCUGCAGAAAGCGACAGCUUCUUUAUUCCCAAGUCUUGGUCAUGCCCUGAAAUUGUGCUCAAACCUAAUUGGACCUUUGAAAAUCCUUUUGAUAUAAGCUAUUGAUUUCACAAUCAUUAAUACCUACAAUUUGUAGGUAC